AUGUUUGUUCUAUUCGUGAUUUUCACAAUUUCAUCAGCUCGAUUACUUUAAAGAGGACCUCAUCAUAAAGAUUAAAGAUAUGAUAGAUAAUCAAAUAACACUAUCAAUUAAUUAUUUGAGAAUUUAGCUAAGAACUUAGAUUAGGAUUAAAAAGAUGAACUUAAAAUUAUUUAAAGUUAUAUAUUUGAUGAAGGAUUUCAAUAUUAUUAAAAUUAAGAUAAAGAAAGAAAAGAUAAAAUUUGGCUUGCAUUCUUUGGAAUGGCCGAAGAACUAGAUAAAUCAAAACCAUAAGAAAAUUAAAGAAUUGAAAAAGAUAUUGAAUAUUUUAGUUCACUUAAUUAUACAGAUAAAGAUAUCGUAUUAACCAAAAUUUCGUAAGAAUUAGAAAAAAAAUUAAAUGAUACUACUUAACAAUUCAAUAGUAAAAUAGUUUUGACCACAAUAGAAAAAUAAAUUGAAAAUUUUUAAAAUAAUCCAGAUAGAUCAAUUUAAAGUACUUGGAAUACAAGAGAAUAUAUAAAUAAUUAAAAUUAAGGAGAAAAAGAAUUUAGAGAAAUUGAAUAUUAAAUUUAAGAGUUUUUAGAUUAAGGUCUUUCUGAUUAAGAUGUUAAGAAUAAUAUUACACAAUUUAUAAAUGAAUAUUUUAAUGAUUCUUAAGCUAUAUAGUAAGAUUUGAAAAAUCUAGAUUAAAUUAUAGAGCAAAUUUCUCAAUAGGAGAAAAAAAAGAAUUCAACAUAAUAAUACAAAAAAAUAAGACAGGAGAUUAGAUAAAUUAUAAGAGAUUAACUUAAAGAAGGAAAGAAUGAGUAAGAAAUUAAUUAAAAAAUUUAAGAUCUUUUGAAUCAAAAUGGAUAUUAACAACUUAAUGAAACUUAAAAAGAAGAGAUAUAAAAAAUAAUAUAAAAUGAAUUUAUAAGAUUUAAUAGAUAGAAAGACUAUGAGAAUAGUUUAUCUUCAAACUCUACCUAAUAAGAAACAGGCAAUCAAAAUAAAAAAAAAGAUAUUGUAGAUACAACUUAAAAUACUUAAUAAGAAUAAAAUUAUACCUUAUUUUAUAUUGGAGGUUUUAGUACAAUUUUAAUGAUAACAAUUGUUGUAUUCGUAAUCAGAAGAUCAAGAAUUAAAAAAAAUUAAAGUAAACAAAUAGGAUUCAAAAUGUAAGAGAGUUAACAAGAAGCAGAAUAAAUGGAAUGA